AUGACUUUGCUCGCACUGGUGGCAAGGGCAAACCAUGCUGCUGCUUUACCUUUAGUACCUCAACUGCUUUACUGGAACUCCAUUCUGCCAAACAAACUGAUGCCGAAAGCUCUCAGUGAACUUGUCCAACCUGGUCUGUGUUUGUAUUUACAACCUCAGACUCAAGAGAGCUCCCUUAUUCCACCGUUUUACUGA